GGAGGCGGAAGCAGCGACCCGCGGGGCUAGGAGCGAGGCUGGCCCCGGAAGGAGGAGGAAACCCUGAAAAGAAAACAGCAACAAGCCGAGCCGCUGUGACAGAGGGGAACAAAAUGGCGGCGCCGAAGGGGAGCCUCUGGGUUAGGGCCCAACGGGGGCUUCCGCCGCUGCUGCUGCUGACCAUGGCCCUGGCCGGAGGUUCAGGGACCGCUUCGGCUGAAGCUUUUGACUCGGUCUUGGGUGAUACGGCGUCUUGCCACCGGGCCUGUCAGUUGACCUACCCCUUGCACACCUACCCCAAGGAAGAGGAGUUGUAUGCAUGUCAGAGAGGUUGCAGACUGUUUUCAAUUUGUCAGUUUGUGGAUGAUGGAAUUGAUUUAAAUCGGACCAAAUUGGAAUGUGAAUCCGCAUGUACAGAAGCAUAUUCCCAAUCUGAUGAGCAAUAUGCUUGUCAUCUUGGUUGCCAGAAUCAGCUGCCAUUCGCCGAAUUGAGACAAGAACAACUUAUGUCUCUGAUGCCAAAAAUGCAUCUACUCUUUCCUCUCACUCUGGUGAGGUCAUUCUGGAGCGACAUGAUGGACUCUGCACAGAGCUUCAUAACCUCCUCAUGGACUUUUUAUCUUCAAGCUGAUGAUGGAAAAAUAGUUAUAUUUCAGUCUAAGCCAGAAAUUCAGUAUGCACCACAGUUGGAGCAGGAGCCUACACAUUUGAGAGAAUCAUCUCUAAGCAAAAUGUCCUCAGAUCUACAAAUGAGAAGCUCACAAGCGCACAGAAACUAUCUCGAAGACGGAGAAAGCGAUGGCUUUUUAAGAUGCCUUUCUCUUAACUCUGGGUGGAUCUUAACCACAACCCUAGUGCUCUCAGUGAUGGUGUUGCUCUGGAUCUGUUGUGCGACUGUUGCUACAGCUGUGGAGCAGUACGUUCCCUCUGAGAAGCUGAGUAUCUAUGGUGACUUGGAAUUCAUGAAUGAACAAAAGCUGAACAGAUAUCCAUCUUCUUCUCUCGUGAUUGUUAGAUCUAAAAGUGCAGAUCAUGAAGAAGCAGGACCUCUGCCUACGAAAGUGAACCUUGCUCAUUCAGAAAUCUAAGCUUUUUUUUUAAGAUGACUGUAAUAGACAUCUAAAUUUCCAUUCCUCAUAGAGCUUUUAAAAAUGGUUUCAUUGGAUAUAGGCCUUAAGAAAUCACUAUAGAAUGCAAAUAAAGUUAUUCAAAUCUGUGAA